UCUUAUGUUUUAGCGAGAAUCUUCGCAAAUAUUUUGGAUGGUACAAGAAAAUCGGCUAAUCCGCACUAGUGUCGAUUCGGCGAGACGCGGGUAUCGCAUGUCGUGACGAAAAUACUUCUUUUUGUACGCUCUAACUUUUCUUUAGGUUAUCUCGUUCGAAUGGAAUCUAGGAGAGUGAGGUUUACUCGACUGAGGAUUCCCACAGACUGGAAAUGAACGAGUUUUAAUAUUUACUUGCUGGCUUUUAUGUAAGCGGUAUACUCGUGGGGUAACACCGAACUGUGCGCACUUGGCGGUAUAAGUUUCAAGCCUGUGCUGGGUCUGUUAAUGUUUUUCGUAAUGGUAUACUUGUGUGUUUAUCGGUACUCUCUUCACUGUUAUUUUUGCUCUGACAAUAGAUUGAUAAAGGUUGUUCUAUUAUAACGACUAGGGAUUGAUAGGGAUCGGCUGAUGCCUGAAAAACUGAAAUCACCUACUUCGCUCAUGAAUAAUCAAAGGGGAAAUAGCUUUGAAUGCGCUACACUUUUGGUCAGUUUACUCCUUGGACAAGGAUAUAAUGCAUUUGUUGUUAGCGGAUAUGCAUCAAGGGAACAAGUCUAUUGCGAUUUGACUAAGAGACCUUGCCCUUAUUUACCUAAACCUGCAGAACAUGUUCCUCUACCGCCAAUUGGAGAUACUUCCAGAUACAAGUUGAAGUCACCACCUGAUUUAAGGAGUCAAUUCUUGCUUGAACUCGAGGAAAGAGAACAAAAAAAAAUUCAGGAUCAUCUUCGAUGCCAAGAAGAGGAAAGACAGAGGAUGAUCUCUGAAUUAGAACGACCACUUCCAGAUGAAUAUUGGGGAUUUAGAAUUCACGCUUGGGUAGUUAUAUUACCAGAACGCGGUGGUGCAAGAGAUCAAGAAGUUCUUGAGCCAUUUUUUAUUGAACCUUCCACUGGAGAGUCUUAUUCGCCUACUGUACACGAGACCAAUCUGUUGUAUUUGGGAAUUGAGAGUAUUUGGAAUGAUUGCAACUAUUGGGUCAAUAUGCAACAAUGCACAGAAGGAUGUGCUAAGAUUAACUGGAAUUUGAAAAAGGUUGAACUUUGGGAACAUUUGCUUCCUGGGGAACCCUGGACAUUACGAGACAUAGAAGAGAAUGAAGCAGACGAAGACAUAAAUAUACAACAAGACAAGCAUCUUGACAUGCCAGUUUCAUAUGUAGAAAGAAUCGAUGUUCACAGUCUAGAUUUUGAAAGACGCUUUCCAAAUGGCAGAAAAUGCAUGUUUUACAAGAAAACAAAGGUAGAACUUUAUGCUCCUUAUGUUCAAAUGGAUGGUUUGAUUCAACGUGUAACACUCUACGAUGACUAUGAGUACAUGAAUCCGAUAAGCAUCUUUGAAAAGUUUUCACAAAGAGCUGAUUAUUUGAUAGAAUCCAAGAAAGAACUGGACACCGAUCUUGUAGUGGAUUCAUAUAAGAGAGGACGACCCGAUGCAUGCAAAGAACACCGUUAUUUUGCAAAUGGCAAUAAUGCCGUCGAUCAGGAAAGGACCCUGGAAUUUUACGAUAACGUUCGCCUCGAUGGUCUCUCACGUAUUGAGAUGCAACUAAGCUUUCUUGAGCAGACUUAUAUCGGCCGGGAUGAUCUUCUCUAUUGCUGGCGUGUUGACUAUUCGACGGAAUCAAAGAAUUUCUCAGCAUAUGAUAUUCAUUAUCGCGAAGUGAUGAAAAUAACAGAAUGGUAUCACAGAGACGAAAGUAUUCCUGCUAGUAAGAAUAUCGCUAUUAAAGAAUUUGCUGCAAAGGAUAAUGAGAUAAGACUACAGUAUCAUUAUGAAAAAGAUCAUGGUACAGCAGCUACAAGAACAUUUAUCAAACCCUCAAUGGCUGACAGAGGUGACCGUCUUAUAUUCAAUCCAGAAAUGACUCAAGCAUACAAUGAAGAGGAACGUUCUUUGGCGCAUGUGAGAGAGGCUGAGCUGGAAAUUUGGACCUUCUUGAAAACACGAGCAGCAGAGUAUCUUCUCCCUAAAUUACAAGUCUCAGUCUUUGACAGAAACAGGAAUCAGGAAGCUAAGGCUGGAAUGUUUGCCAGGGAGGAAAUGCUACGAGCACAGGGUCAAAGGGAGGUCAACGAUGAAAUAGAUUACUUAGGACCAUACUUGGCCCGCAUAGGCAAUCCAACGCACCUGACAAAGGCUCAAGCUAUGAAUAUCAAACAGGAAUGCCUCUCAGAUUUAAAACAACUUUACGUCGACAGAGCCAAUCAUAUUUUACAGCUUUUUGAGAAGUGCAACCAAAAAUUGGAAAGGAGACAUUCAUGGUUCACAAAGACCGAAGGUUUAACUCGAGAGGAAGAGGAAAGAUUUUUUAUGGAAGCUGAGGAAAUGAAUUUUAUGCUUCACGCUUUGAAUGUCAGAUUGUCUCGCUAUAGAACAUUAGCUCCAGACCGUUAUGAAAUGAUCUUACAGACUAUAGAGAAAGAUCCACGGCUUGCUGUGCUCUAUCAGUAAUUAAUUAAUAAUCCAUAUAAUAAUCAUAUUUAAUACAUCAGGAAGGAUGAGAGUUUAGAGCGAUAGGAAUAUUUCCUUUUUAAAAACAAAUCGUUUUCGAAGAAAGAUACUUUAUCCAGAAACACUUUCAUAUACAAUGUAUAUACUUUUUUUUACAUAUUAUCCAACUUCGAAAUUUUCUAAAAAAAUGUAUCAUUAUUAUAUAACACAUGUGCGCAAGAGCAUACUCAUAUGUCGCUACCUCAUACAAAAUCUAAUUGUAAGUAA